AUGACCCAAAGGUACCACAUCAGGCUUCUGUUUAUGGCCAGUUUGGUAUUACAGAUCAUCCAUUUGGGAAACAGCUGCCAAAAAGAUAGCCAGACAGGUGAGGGAGAAGUCGCCAGUAUUGCUGCUCAGAAGCACCAACAGACCACCCUCAGCUGGAACCUGAAUGAUCUGAGCCAGGUGAACUGGAGCGCCGGGCGCUGGGGACCACAGGACGCGCUUCCCUACUCCCCGGCUUCCGGAGAGCAUGCGCCCCCGCGGCCGCGCUGCUGCCGGAACGGAGGCACCUGCGUGCUGGGCAGCUUCUGCGUGUGCCCCGUCCACUUCACCGGUCGCUACUGCGAGCACGACCAGAGGCGCAGCGAAUGCGGCGCCCUGGAGCACGGAGCCUGGACCUUCCGCAGCUGCCGCCUCUGCAGGUGCGUCUUCGGGGCCCUGCACUGCCUCCCGCGCCAGACGCUCGGCCGCUGUGACCUGAAGGACUUUCUUGCUUCUCACGCUAAUGGACUGAGUGCAGGUGGUGCGCUGAGCCUCCUCUUGCUGCCGCCCUGUGUCCUCCUACAGCGCUUCCUCCAAGAAGGGGGAGCCGCCUAA